GCAGUAAACACGGAAGUACGGAAACUGAAGAGAAAAGUUCAAACUAAACUCUCAGCGAGCCGUUUUCAUCGGCACGAGUCGAAAGAACAAUCUCGCCAUGGGUCUGUGUGAUGACCUGUCUCACUGCAAGAUGGCGCUGGUGAUUGCUGUGCUGAUGGAUCUACUGGGAGGCGCCUCUCUGCUGGUGGGAGUCUUUGCCUCUUUGAAGUUAAAUGGAGAAGAAUGUGGAGACGUCUUGGUUUAUAGCGGAAUCCUUUUCUUAGUUGCGUCUCUGGCUGGAUGGGUUCUGUGGUACAGUGGGAACAUCGAGGGUUUGCCCCCCAAGAAGGAGCACGGACAUCUCAACUCCGCUGUUGACCGGCUCGCCCGCCGAGUCAGCCGGAAGAUCUUCUCCCAUCGGAGAAACAAAUAUUAUUCACAGUCAAAUCGUGUCUGACAGUAUUUUCAGAAAAUGUUACUGAAUCAAAACAAGUGUUAGAUAUGUACAUUCAUCAUUUCAGCAUAUGUACACCUUCACCUGCAAAGUAUUUACUCAAAUGUUUACUAUUAACCAGUGUUUGCAUUUUCUAGCUAUCGUUCAAUAAAGUGGUAUUUUAGUGUUAUUUUUUAUUUUUUACAAAUUGCAGCCUAUGCAGGGGUAAUUUCAUUACAUCUUCCUGGUUUGUCCUCUAGAGGGAAACAUACUCUACAAAAGCAGCAUUUGAUCAGUGGUCAGAGGAGGAUUUAAGCCAGAAGCUCUUUGAUGCGAGGUGAGUCACUCUGUGAUCCCUGAUCAAUAACUCACUUCUGUUGUGAAAAUUUAGGGAACUAUGAAGACAUGGCUCUGGAACGUCAGCUCUGUGUUGUUCUUCUGGUUCUUAAGAAAUUAUGGUCACUAAAACAAAACAUAUUUCCAAUAGCAGUCAAACUUAUAUCUUUAAUGAGUGUCUUAAGUUUGAUUCAUUUUUUUUCAGUAACCAAAUGUAUUCCAGAAUUUGUGUAUAUAACGUUGGAGGAAACAUUUUUACCCUUUUCUGUAAUUUUUUUUCCAAUCAAAAAUAUUCAAAGAAUUACAAACUGUCCUUAAAACAUGUUGGAAAACACAGCAUGACAAAUGGAAGUACAAGACAUUUCUUUGUGUGGUGGUGUUGGGCAAAAAUCAAAGAUAAACUUUCAUGUGAAUGGACAAUAAAGUCUAAUUUUCUGUUUAUCCAGAAAACUGAAAA